AACUGCCCACUCCUCACCCUCACCCGUGCAGAACUGCCACUGCAUGCCAUGGCUUGUAAGAGUCCUCUUUAAGGGACUCAAGUUUUUUUUUUUUUUUUUUGCUUCUCUUCUGAAAAGAGGCUCAGAGAGGAAGGCGGGGCCGGGAGGAUUCAGGUUAUAAAGGCUUCCUCCUCCUCCUCCUGGUGGCAGAGAGACCAGCGGGCUGUUUGGGGCCCAGAGAAUCCCUUCGGAGACACCGCCGCUUACAGGGUCUUCACCGCAGAGAUGCCCUUGGAGAGAGCCCGGUUCAGCGUGAGGAGCAGGAGGCACGGCGCCCUGGGCAGCACGCGGACCCUCUGCUCCAGCGUGUCUCGCAGCACGGACGUGUCCUACGGCGACAGCGACUUGGUGAAUUUUAUCCAAGCAAAUUUUAAGAAACGGGAAUGUGUCUUCUUUACCAAAGACUCCAAGGCCACGGACAGCGUGUGCAAGUGCGGCUACGCCCAGAGCCAGCACGUGGAGGGCACCCAGAUCAACCAGGACGACAAGUGGAGCUACAAGAAGCACACCAAGGAGUUUCCCACCGACGCCUUCGGGGACAUCCAGUUUGAGACCUUGGGGAAGAAAGGCAAGUACAUCCGCCUGUCCUGUGACACGGACGCCGAGACCCUGUACGAGCUGCUGACCCAGCACUGGCACCUGAAGACGCCCAACCUGGUCAUCUCCGUCACGGGCGGCGCCAAAAACUUCGCGCUGAAGCCGCGCAUGCGCAAGAUCUUCAGCCGGCUGAUCUACAUCGCGCAGUCGAAAGGCGCGUGGAUUCUCACGGGAGGCACCCAUUACGGCCUGAUGAAGUACAUUGGCGAGGUGGUGAGAGACAACACGAUCAGCAGGAACUCGGAGGAGAACAUCGUGGCCAUUGGCAUAGCGGCUUGGGGCAUGGUCUCCAACCGGGACACCCUCAUCAGGAACUGCGAUGCUGAGGGCUAUUUUUCAGCCCAGUACAUUAUGGAUGAUUUCAAAAGAGACCCUCUGUACAUCCUGGACAACAACCACACCCACCUGCUGCUCGUGGACAACGGCUGUCACGGGCACCCCACCGUGGAGGCGAAGCUGCGCAACCAGCUGGAGAAGUACAUCUCGGAGCGCACCAUUCAAGAUUCCAACUAUGGUGGCAAGAUCCCUAUUGUGUGCUUUGCUCAAGGAGGUGGAAGAGAGACUUUGAAAGCCAUCAACACCUCCAUCAAAAGCAAGAUUCCCUGUGUGGUGGUGGAAGGCUCGGGGCAGAUCGCGGACGUGAUCGCCAGUCUGGUGGAGGUGGAGGACGCCCUGGCCUCCUCCACCGUCAAGGAGAAGCUGGUGCGCUUCCUGCCCCGCACCGUGUCCCGGCUGCCCGAGGAGGAGACCGACAGCUGGAUCAGAUGGCUCAAAGAAAUUCUUGAAAGUUCUCACCUAUUAACAGUUAUUAAGAUGGAAGAAGCUGGGGACGAGAUUGUGAGCAAUGCCAUAUCCUAUGCACUGUACAAAGCCUUCAGCACCAACGAGCAAGACAAGGACAACUGGAAUGGACAGCUCAAGCUGCUGCUGGAGUGGAACCAGCUGGACCUGGCCAACGACGAGAUUUUCACCAACGACCGUCGCUGGGAGUCUGCGGACCUCCAAGAAGUCAUGUUCACGGCCCUUAUCAAGGACAGGCCCAAGUUCGUCCGCCUCUUCCUGGAGAACGGCUUGAACCUGCAGAAGUUUCUCACCAACGACGUCCUCACCGAGCUCUUCUCCAACCACUUCAGCACCCUGGUGUACCGCAACCUGCAGAUCGCCAAGAACUCCUACAACGACGCCCUGCUCACCUUCGUCUGGAAGCUGGUUGCAAGCUUCCGGAGAGGCUUCUGGAAGGAGGAGAGAAGCAGCAGGGACGACUUGGACGUGGAGCUCCGCGACGUGGCCUUCAUCACCCGGCACCCCCUGCAAGCCCUCUUCAUCUGGGCCAUUCUGCAGAACAAGAAAGAACUCUCCAAAGUCAUUUGGGAGCAGACCAGGGGUUGUACCCUGGCGGCCCUGGGAGCCAGCAAGCUCCUGAAGACGCUGGCCAAGGUGAAGAAUGACAUCAACGCUGCUGGGGAGUCCGAGGAGCUGGCAAACGAGUACGAGACCCGCGCAGCAGAGCUGUUCACAGAGUGCUACAGCAGCGACGAGGACUUGGCUGAGCAGCUGCUGGUCUAUUCCUGUGAAGCCUGGGGCGGGAGCAACUGUUUGGAACUGGCCGUGGAGGCCACAGACCAGCAUUUCAUCGCGCAGCCGGGGGUCCAGAAUUUCCUCUCCAAGCAGUGGUAUGGCGAGAUUUCCCGAGACACCAAGAACUGGAAGAUUAUUCUGUGUCUGUUCAUUAUACCUCUGGUGGGCUGCGGCUUUGUGUCGUUUAGAAAGAAGCCCGUGGACAAGCACAGGCGGCUGCUGUGGCACUACGUGGCCUUCUUCACCUCGCCGUUCGUGGUCUUCUCCUGGAACGUGGUCUUCUACAUCGCCUUCCUGCUGCUCUUCGCCUACGUGCUGCUCAUGGACUUCCACUCGGUGCCGCACACCCCCGAGCUCAUCCUCUACGCCCUGGUCUUCGUCCUGUUCUGCGAUGAAGUGAGGCAGUGGUACAUGAACGGGGUGAAUUACUUCACUGACCUGUGGAACGUGAUGGACACCCUGGGCCUCUUCUACUUCAUAGCAGGGAUCGUGUUCCGGCUUCACCCCUCCAACAAGAGCUCGCUGUACUCGGGCCGCGUCAUCUUCUGCCUGGAUUACAUCAUCUUCACCUUGAGGCUGAUCCACAUCUUCACCGUGAGCAGAAACCUGGGGCCCAAGAUCAUCAUGCUGCAGAGGAUGCUCAUCGACGUAUUCUUCUUCCUGUUCCUCUUCGCGGUGUGGAUGGUGGCCUUUGGCGUGGCCCGGCAAGGGAUCCUGCGGCAGAACGAGCACCGCUGGCGGUGGAUCUUCCGCUCGGUCAUCUACGAGCCCUACCUGGCCAUGUUCGGCCAGGUGCCCAGCGACGUGGACGGUACCACGUAUGACUUUGCGCACUGCACCUUCAGCGGGAACGAGUCCAAGCCGCUGUGCGUGGAGCUGGACGAGCACAACGCGCCGCGCUUCCCCGAGUGGAUCACCAUCCCCCUGGUGUGCAUCUACAUGCUCUCCACCAACAUCCUGCUGGUCAACCUGCUGGUCGCCAUGUUCGGCUACACCGUGGGCACCGUCCAGGAGAACAACGACCAGGUGUGGAAGUUCCAGAGGUACUUUCUGGUGCAGGAGUACUGCAGCCGGCUCAACAUCCCCUACCCCUUCGUCGUCUUCGCCUACUUCUACAAGGUCGUGAAGAAGUGCUUCAAGUGUUGCUGCAAGGAGAAGAGCAAGGAGUCCUCAGCCUGCUGUUUCCGGAAUGAGGACAACGAGACUCUGGCGUGGGAGGGUGUCAUGAAGGAGAAUUACCUUGUCAAGAUCAACACGAAAGCCCACGACACCUCCUCGGAGGAAAUGAGGCAUCGCUUCAGACAACUGGAUACGAAGGUGACAUCAGGCAGCUCCAUGAGGAAGGAUUUUGCUAGUGACUCUGCACAGGAAUUUCCACACGGGAUCCUCUUCCUGCCCCGCAGCGUGCCAGUCCUGGGAACGGAGCGCGACAUAAAAGAGGAGCAGUUGCCGUCCCGUGCGUCUGCCGGAGGCCGCCUGCUGCUGGCGUCCCCGACCCCGGCCCUGGGCUCAGAAGCCCACAUUCCGCUGCUGUAUUCUUGCUCUUGCCCCGCGAAUAGGACAUAGAGACAGCUCAUCUCUGGAUGAGAGCCCCGCCACGCCUUCGCUCCCAUGUCGUUGUUUGGUUCCAGACGGUUCUGGUGUCACCCUCUUCCGUGUUACCUGACAAGCCCGCUGACUGCCGGGGAAGUCAGGCCAGAUUCUAACACGCGCUGUAGCCAGCGAGGCCUGCUCUUUUCAAGGGGCAGCGGUUUCACUUCUUACGCUGCUUGUCGCUGGUUGAGGAGGCUGUGUGAACAGAGUCUUGCCCUCUCAGCCUCGCCAGGAGCCCCUGCGGAAGGCAGGACCCCCACUCCUCCCCAAACGGGACCUGGGACGCUGCCUCCGAUUUUGUCUCCCUUGGGUGCUGCUCUUUCUCUGCUUGGCUCCCGUUAAAACGAUACAUGGAUCCUGUGGAAACUUAGAGUUGUGGAGAUGUAGCCAAGUCCCUUCCCGCCCAGAGAUAAUUGCUGCCAACAUUUCUGGGUAUUUUUUUUUCUAUGCAUGUUUUAUUUACCUUUGAAACUUGUACAGAAUGUCAUCAUGCCACAUACACAGUUUUGUAUUAGCUUUUUCACUUAAUGUUUUAUCAAAGAUGUUUUCUGUCACCAGUCGCGCCAUCUUCAGCUUCUAGUGGCUUUCUGAGACGCUGGCCAUUGGAGGCUGUUUGCAGUGGGUCUCUGGGAUGGGCAGCCGUGUGCAUGAAUCUUUUUCCUGUAUGUAGGAAAAUUUCCCAAGGCUUGAUUCCAAGGAAUGUGUGUUGGUUAUCAAGCCAUUUACAAAGCUUUUCAUAAAUGUAUAUAGCAAAUAGGAAAUAUUAACUUCACCAUAAGGUAUGAGAUACAUGAACACAGAACUAUUAAUAAAAUAUUAUAUUUAGGCCCUAGUUGAUAAAUAAGCCAGUAUGUGUAUGUAAAUUUGAUGAAUGGCGAGGUCAUUGGUGGAGAAUCGGAGAGAUUGUCUCAUUGAACAAGGCUAGUCCAAGCUUUCAGUAAAUAGAGCAAUUUAAAUGUCCAUGAUUGGGGUUUCGGCUUUGAAUAGACUGUAACUUCAGCAGCUGGAGAAGGGAGUCUUAGAAAGAAGCUAUUAAAAUCAUCUAAUUAAAAGAACUGUAAAAGCAUUAAAAGACCAAGUUGAUGUUCCUUUGGCCUGAGUCACUCACAACAUCCAUGAAGCCUGCAGGGAGUGAAUGAAUGCAGUGGGCGGUGUCUUUGCACUACAGUCCCAAUAAUGGCCUCGGAGGGAGGGAGGGAAUCUUUUCUAAUGGGGUCCAUCCACUCAGGGUUUCAAAGCCUGGAAGUAGAGGGGGCAAUAUUUACAUGACAAAAAAAUUGUCAAUGAAUGGAACCUUUAACUUUCCUCCAUGAGCAAGAGAAAGUCAUUCUCUGGUCACCAUGGCAACUAACACCCCUCAUUUCCUGAAGUGACCACCAGGAGGGUCAAGUCCACAGGUACUGGGAAUAACAGUGUUAGGAGUGCCUGGGGCUGAGGAGAGAAGCCACAGCCUUCCCUCUCCAAACAGAGUGGGAAUGAAAUCAACUGAUUCAAUUCAAGACUUCCUAAAAGACACAAUGUAGCAUUAUCGAUUUGCUGGUCCCUCUUUGAGUGAAUUUCUCCAUAUGGUCCUAUUUCUGCUCACCGUGUUCCUCUUAGCUUAAGAAGCGAGCCAGUGUCAGCCAGGAAAGAAAUUCUCUCAUUUUUGCUGCAGAUGGAAAACUUGACCCACACUUGGCAUGAGAGAAAGAACCAGCGAGUGUUUGCUGCUGGCCCCUGGGGUGGAUGGAUGCUUUUGCAUGGUUCCCCUACGGGACUGUUGCUUUCGCCAAGUCAUUAUGUGUAGUGCACCUGACAGAAAGCACACACGAAUGGAGCAUUCCCCUUGUCGAAGGUGCUGCCUCCUGUGUGUGGUGCUCCUGUGUGCCGUGUGCUCGUGCACAGCUCCUGAGAGCCGGGCUGCUUGGUUUCAGUGAGCAUGGUCGUGAAUCCAACAGCAGAGGAAUCGCCCUCUAUUGCUUUUGUCAUCCUACUGAGAGUGAAAAAAUAACAUAAAAUUCCUUCGUUAAGUCAAAGUCACGGCCAUCGGGACCUGGUUCCCAGAGUCACAUGAGCUGAGGGUUCCAGGCAGAACAUCCUAGUUGAAUGGCACCAGCAGGACUGCCCCCUGUGGCUCUAAUUCUUACCCCCAGGGACAGAUUUGGAUCCUGUGGCCCAGUUUUCAGUCUCUCCAUCCAGGCACCCAUCUUGGCACCAGGGUCCCUGCCUUCGCUGAGUGAGAGCCGCUCCAGUGACGGGGGUCUCAUGUUUGGGCACAGCAGGUGCUCAGGCUGUGCCCUGGAGCUACAGGGAUGUGUAUUAUCUGCAAACCCACUUGAUGGUGGGUCUCCGACCCAGUGUGGGACACUAUCCCAGGUCUUCCUGCUCCAUGCCCUUAUUUGUUCCAGGGAGAAUCAGAGAUCUGUGUCUUCCCCACCUGCUGCGUCUUGGUCCUUUGGAGGCAGAAUGUGGUGUUGUCAUGGAGACACUUGCUGUCUCCAGCCUUGGUAUCACAAAAUAAAAGGCUCAGAAGUCA